CUCCCUAGUAUUAUUUGGUAUCAGAGCACAUCCUUUCUCGGACAUGGCAGAGAUUCAAGUUCAGGAGAGUGUAGAUCCUUGCGCACAUUUGGUGGCCUUGGUAGAUCUGGCGACAUUGAAGCAGACGGGUACAGUGAGUGGAUUUAAGGAGCAAUUUGAUCUUAUCUUUCACCAAACGAAACUCACUGAAAAGCAAGCAAUCUGUUUCUUUGUUGAUGGAUCAAAGGAAGACAUCCAGCCAUCUGUGAGGACCCAAGAAGAAAUCUCACAAGCCGUCAAAGAAGGAAUAGCACUGGCGGUGGAAGCAGAACAUGAGAAACCUUCCGACGAAUUGGAAACCCAGAUUCUCAGGCAACCGAAGAAGAAGAGCGAGAACCUAUUGUCGAUGGCAACGAUGUGCAAGUGGUUGACAAUUCCAAAUUUUGUGGAGUUUCGGGUACAUUGUUGUCGCAAGGAAACCACGCUGCAGAGGUUGAACAGACCUUCGAGGAACUCAAACUCUUCUGCCUGCAAGCUGUUCAGUGAAAUGCCUGAGUUAUCUAAACUUGAAACCACAUCAAUUUCUAGAUCAGUUACGGUCAGAUUUCGUAAAUUCAAGGGUGUUGGUGGUGAUUUUGGUGAAUUAUGGUAUGGAUGUAAGCAACUUGUGCUGAUUAAAGAUUCCAUGGCUGCAAAAAGGAGACAAUACACAGAUAGAUUGAAGUCACGGUGCAGGGUAAAAGUUCAUGAAGAUUUGAUGCUCCUUUGGUCUGAGGGAAUGAUUGAUUUACAUGGCAUGAAGGUGGCUUUGUAUGCUGACGACAAGUCAUCUAAGGGAGGUUCUGUUCAUAGCCACUUGGUGCAGGACGAUGUUCUUAUCGGUGUGAACUGGAAGGUAAUUAUUCAAAUUCUGAAAUUGGACGCUAUAAUUACUGGCAGUGCUGACCAGAAUCUUGAGUCUUGGAGUUCUCUUGAAUUGAAUCCUUUGAGUUUGAUUUCUGAGCAUGUGGCAUGGGUUCUACAUGAGAAUAGGAAUGUUGGCUUUUGGAAUGUAUAAUCUAUAUCUAAGACUACAGGGAAUGGGUUGUAUCUUUAUUGCCUAUAUUGGGGAUAGUUCCUGAUGGAAAUUUUCUGUAGCUUGAGGCUGUUUAGUAACCAUUUAAUGCUCUAAUAUCUUCUAUUUUCUGCUGAAAAGGAAAUGCUAUUAAUAUUUUGUAACAUUUGGUUCUGUGUGUUGAUUUUGUUUUGUUUAGUUUAUAUUUUUACCUUUACUAGAGUUCUUGCCUUUGUCUUUUGUUUUGUUUCUCAGUUUAAGAUUAGCAUGCUUUUGGUGUGAGAUUUUAUAUUUAUUCUUUUUGAAACCCACAUGAUCUUUGUUGUUUGCCAGGGCUUUUUGUGUUUUGUUGAGCUAUGUUAGAUCUGAAUAGCUUCUUUAUUUAUCUUAAAUAGGUUGUGUGUUACCUUCAGUGAUGUUUGCUUUGGAUGUGAUCUUAAGAGGGAGAGAAUAUGGAAUGAAAUGGGUUGUUUGUA